GGGGCGUGGCCGGCCGUUGCCUAGGAGGGGCGCGUCGUCUUGCUGCUCGCCGGGCUGCGGCGGUGGACGGGUUCCGCUGUGAUUUGUCACCCUAGCAGAACCCAGGACUCUGGAACACUGUUUGCUGCCUGUGGAUCUUCUAUGCUUACAGUUUACCAGGAAGCUCCAGCAGCUACACAGUUGCUUCAGAUCUACCACUGUUAAGACACUUCCUGCUGCCCAUCCUAGGAGCAGCCCGUGGAGAGGAGUCACAGCCCGCACCAGCAAGGACUCCCCCACCCCAACUCCUGUGCUUGUCCUUACCACCAUGCCGAAGAAUAAAGGCAAAGGAGGCAAAAACCGGCGCAGAGGUAAAAAUGAAAAUGAAUCUGAAAAAAGAGAGUUGGUGUUUAAAGAAGACGGGCAAGAGUAUGCACAGGUGAUCAAAAUGCUGGGGAACGGACGGUUGGAAGCCAUGUGUUUCGACGGCGUACGGAGGCUGUGCCACAUCAGAGGCAAGCUGAGAAAAAAGGUUUGGAUAAAUACCUCAGACAUUAUAUUGAUCGGUCUACGAGACUAUCAAGACAACAAAGCUGAUGUCAUCUUGAAGUACAAUGCAGAUGAAGCGAGAAGUCUGAAGGCGUAUGGAGAACUUCCAGAGCAUGCGAAAAUCAAUGAGACGGACACAUUUGGUCCCGGGGAUGAUGACGAAAUCCAGUUUGAUGAUAUUGGAGAUGAUGAUGAAGACAUUGAUGAUAUCUAAGCUGAACUAAGCAUGUUACACUCCAAGUUUUCUGAAGCUAGUUCUGCACAAUUGGGAUCUUGACCUUCAGCUGUUAAGUAAAACUUCUAGCAUGAGUAUGACUUGUUAAAGUAGAUUGAUGUAUUUCUAUUUUUUAAAGUAUUAUAUUUCUUUGAAAACCAAA